AAAACAAUGUCACGCCCAUUAAAAAACAUAACAAACAUGAAAUCUGAAGACUAAAGACUCAACAAUUUACAAGAGGCUGAACAGUUUGUAUCAACUCUCAAUAAUGAAGUACAACGAUCUGAUAUUGUCCUACUGUAGUUUACUGUUCACCAUGGCAACCAGAACAUGGAGCAGUGAAGACAAGACUAUGUGGGCAGUCAAGUUAACACACACACACACACUGGUGGAAGAGAUGAACACUUUGGCCGAUAGAGUUGCCAUGGAGAUGGGAUUAGUCAAUCAAGGACGUAUCGAACCAUUUCAAGACAUGUACAAAUUCACAGAAAACACAAAAACAAGAAAUGCACGUAAUACUAUCGAUAAUAUUUUGGAAAAUCACUCGAACAUUUUGUGGUCAUUAAAACAAGUUGUAUUGAAGCGAACUAAACGAAACCUGAUUAAUAGGGAUUCCCCCUCUGACGCUGUGUUGACCUCUGACCCUAUGUUGACCUUUAAUGACCCCAAAUACAUCGACCAAUGGCAUCUCCACAAUACUAGGGAGCGAGGUCACGACAUCAAUGCUACAGGAAUAUGGCGUCACAAUAUAACUGGGCGUGGCGUGGUGGUUGCCGUGGUCGACGAUGGACUAGAGUACACUAAUGCAGACUUGCUCAGAAACUACGAACGGCUGGGCAGCUAUGACUUCAAUAGUGACGAUGCUGAUCCCUUACCUAACCUCAAAACAAAGCUGGACAACACCCACGGCACUAGAUGUGCUGGACUAAUAGCGGCAGUAGCCAACAAUGAUGUGUGUGGAGUGGGCGUGGCAUUUGGUAGCCGUGUGUCCGGGAUACGAAUGCUCGAUGGAAGUGUCACGGAUAUUUUGGAAGCUCAAUCGUUUGUGUACAAGGCUCAUGUUAACCAUGUGUAUAGUUGCAGUUGGGGGCCUGAGGAUAACGGCCGCACCAUAGAGGGGCCCGGGAAACUAGCACAGGAGGCAUUGCACCUUGGUACGCAUCUUGGUCGCUAUGGUUACGGUAGCGUGUAUGUGUUUGCCUCUGGUAACGGAGGGACAAUGAACGACAACUGCAACUUCGAUGGAUACGCUAACUCAGUCUACACAUUGACCAUCGGUGCUGUGGAUGAGCUCAACAGAAUGCCCUAUUACGCAGAGCCCUGUGCCGCAAUGCUCGCCGUUACCUAUAGUAACGGUCAACGUCGUAGCAUCGUAACCACAGAUGGUUCUAAUCACGGAGGUUGUACUGAUAAGUUUUCAGGUACUUCUGCAGCUGCUCCAAUAGCAGCAGGGAUGGUGGCACUCAUGCUGGAGGUCAGGCCGUGUCUGACCUGGCGUGACGUACAGGCCAUUGUUAUCUACUCUGCCCUCACGGUGGAUGUCACUGGAGCACACUGGGUGGCUAAUGGCGCUGGGUUUCAUCACUCUGAUCAACACGGCUUUGGACUCAUGGAUAGUUAUAGACUAACAUUGACGGCAGCCGUAUGGCCGUUGCUACCGGCAAUGGUUGUGACAAGUGUGGAAGGGGGGCGGGCAGUUGCUAUGCCAACGACCGGACAGCCACUCAUACAAACAAUCAAAGUUACUCGUGCGGAUAUUCCUGAUGGACUGGUUACAUUGGAGUAUGUUGCCGUGACGAUACGGGUGGCUCAUGUUUGCCGAGGGUCACUGGAGGUCACCCUCACAUCUCCCACACCCACACACUCCACACUUAUCACACCACGACGCUAUGACACUUCACAGGAUGGAUUUGAUUGGACGUUUACCUCUGCUCGUUAUUGGGGGGAGGGGCCAGUUGGUCAGUGGAUACUCAACAUCACAGACCACACUAAUCUAUGUCCCGGACGUGAACGUAAAGAAGGUGUGGUUAACAACUGGACUUUGACCUUUUACGGGUCGUCAGUUACUCCAGAGGACGUCACUAGCAGACAAGAAUUGGUGGAGGAGGCAGUAUCCAAUGGCUCAGUGGAGUCUCCAUUCCUCUGUCCACCAUUAAACCGCACCCAGCAUGAUAUUGUCAUACCUUACACACCUCAGAGCUCGUUCACCACCGUUGAGAAGGCGGGGCUUACAUUAGUGGCCGUCAUAAUUGCUGUUGGGGUUCUACACUUCACUGUCGAUUUUGUCUGUCGAAGGGUCAAAGGUCGAUGUCGACCACGCUCCUCUUCAACCUCUGUACUCUACGUUAACAGAGGCAAUAAAGAAAACGAAGAAGCCUGUGCACUAUUACCCGAGACAGAACAAGAAAGUGUGAUUUUUCUCGACGAUGGCUUAAUUAGAAACAAUGAAAAUUGCAAUAAUAACGGUACCAGUAGUACAUCCGUCACUACUCAGACUGUCAUUCCAUUGGUCGAUUUGAUUGACGAACCAAUUGCUGUCAUUCCCAACGAGAACUUACAUAGUGACAAUAAUUGCCAAUUGGAUAGAGGAACAGAUGGUGACCAUGGCAACACGGACCCUAUAGAUGAAACUAACGAAACUAGCUUGUUAUUAUUACAAACCAAUUGAAUUUACAUGUAUAUAUAUAGACCCUCUAUAAUAAAUUAUUUUUCCGACAAAA